UGGUAGAACAGACUCUUGUCCCCUCUACUUACUGCUGGAGGGGCUGGCGUGGGCGGGAGGCUUGGUCCUUGUUCUGGUGGCAUGAGGGGGCAGGGUUGCAGGGAUCCAGCCCUUGGGGGCUACGCAGACCAUCGACAGGCAUUCGUGCCGCGUGUCCCCAUCUCCGCACCCCUCCUACGCCUGCAGGUCCUGGUGCCGCUGUGGCGGCCACGGCUGGGCCCAGCAGCCUGCUCCCGGGGGCGCUGUGCCCACUGCCUGCAGGGCCAGGCGGUGCCAGGCGGCGUGGGCCCCGCGGGACAGGCAGCCCCAUUGUCCGGUGCGUGGGCAGCCCGGCCGAGGCCGGCACCGGGGCCGAGCCGGGGAGCCGCAGCGGCCAGAGCCGGGGCUGAGCUCCUGUCCUGUCGCACCCAGCUGGAGGCAACGGUGGACCUGGCCGAGCGGCGCCAGAUCCGCUCGGCCAUCAGGGAGCUGCAGCGGCAGGAGCUGGAGUGGGACGAGGAGGCUCUGGCGUCCAAGCGCUUCCGCCCGGAGCGCGGCAGCCACCGGCAGGACGAUAAGGAGAACUGGCCGCGGUCCCGGCGCCUGGAGGAGGAGCAGCAGAUGGCUCUGGCUGCCCUGUCCCGGCAGCUCGAAGCCAUCACCGAUGUGGAGGAGCUGACGAAACUGCUGCGGGCGGCGGGCGAGUACGAGGAGCGCAAGCUGAUCCGAGCUGCCAUCCGCAAGCUGCGGGCCGAAGAGGUUGAAGCCGCAGCCUUGGCCGUGAACUCGCAGAGCAGGCGGAGGGACGGCAGCGACCCCCCCGCCGCGCCCGGGGGUGGCAAAGGCAGCCGGAGCGGCGAUGCUGAAACGCCAGGGAGUGGGGAGAGCGGCCAGAGGGGCCACCCCGAGCUGCCAGCCCUGGCUGGGAGUGGGGAGAGCCGUGGUGAGGGCAGUGCCAAGCCCCCGGCCGCAGGCAGGAGCGAGGAGAGCGGCCGGCAGGACGAUGCGGAGCAGCCAGCGCUGGCCAGCCGUGAGGACAGCGGCUGUGGGGGUGCUGCCCAGCAGCCUCCUGCCCAGCAGCCUCCUGCCCAGCAGCCCGAAGGCUCAGUGGCCCACGAGCGAGGUGUGAUGGUGGAGCAGGAGCAUGUCCCAGCUGGGAUGCAGGAGCUCUGCAGACAGCCCACGGGAGACCCUCAGAAACCCAGUACCCAGGCCAUGGUCUCGGGGACCCUCGUGGUGCUGGAGCUGCAGCCAGCCCCAGAGCUUGCUCCAGAGCCUGAAGAUGAUGGCAGGGAGCUGGAGCAGGACAAGUCAUGCUCCCCAGACACCCUCCAGCCCAAAGGGCAGCACCAGACAGCCUGGAAGGAGGAAGACAACCUGGGCAGCCCUGCCAGUGCCCGGGAGCCCGCUGAGGGGCAAAGCCACCAGGUCGAGCAGCUGCCCCUGGGUCAGCCUGGUGCUGGUAGCCAGAGCAGCCAGCUCAGCGUCAGGGUGUGCAGCCAGGUGGUGGGGCCGGCCGGGAGGCGUGGGGAGCUGCCCGUGGUGUCAGUGUUCACCCAGGAGGUAGCAGGGACCCCAACUCACCUCAGUACUCACCGCUGGCAGCAAGUGUCCUCCUCCUCCUCCUCCUCCCCGCGCCCAGCUGGCCACACCGAGCCCAGCGCGGGCGCAGCGCUGCCGCGGGCCGCCUCGGUGCGGGAGCGCGCCCAGCGCUUUACCCCGGCGGGCCCGGGGCCGGCGCUCGGCGCCGCGACGGCAGCGGGCGGCCCGGCGGGGGCGGGCGGCUCGGGGGGGCGGGCCGGGCCCGGCCAAUGGCAGCGGGAGACCCGCACGGCCCCGCCGGGCCCCGCUCAAAACGCGCGGGGCGGCGGCGGCGGAGGCGCAGAGCAGCGCCCGGCCCCGGUCCGCGCCGGCCCCCGCCCCGCUCCUAGCCCCGGCCCCAGUCUCGACGGCAUGAAGACCUUCUUCACCAUCGAGAUCAAGGAUGGGCGCGUCCAGCCUCUCACGCCCCGCAUCGUGGCCGCCCCCGGCCAGCGGGCAGAGCUGACCCUGGGGCUGCGGAACGCUCCCAUCCGCAUCACCACGGUCCCCAGCGGUGCCCCCUCUGUCUGCAGCAUCGGCAGCAUCAGCAGCAAUGUCACCAAGGACCCUUGCGCCCACUUUGAGGGCACGGAGGAGCCCAGCGGCCCCACGGCCCACCCGCCCGCCUUCUCCAGCACACGCCAGCAGUCGACCCUGCAGCUCUCCCGGAGCAACAGUGGAGUGAGUGCAGGCAGCCCUGCCCCGUGGCAGCACCCGGAGGCGGGGGGGCAGGAGGGUGGCACUGCCCCGCAGGGCUCCCAGCGACCCCAAGGAUGUCAGGAGCCAAGACAAAGACCCUGGCACGAGAUGGAGCCGGAGGUGGUGGAGCAGCAGCAGGUGCCAAGGCUAGAGUCAGAGAUGCCCAAUGGUAUGGAGAAGGUCCAGGUGAAGGAGCUGGAGAGAAGGAACAAGCUGAACGUUGAGGAGCUGAGCAGGAUUGAGGAUGAAGAUGUUCUGGAUAAGAUGCUGGAUCAGACGACAGACUUUGAGGAGCGGCGACUGAUCCGAAACGCCAUGCGGGAGCUGCGCCAGCGCAAGCGAGACCAGCGGGAGAAGGAGCGGGACCAGCGGCUGCAAGGGAUGCGGAGCCAGGCCGUGGCAGGGAGGAGCGGCAAUGCCACCGAGACCACCACCACGCAGAGCUCCCAGUCAGCCGACGGCUCGGCGCGCAGCACCGUCACCAAGACCGAGCGCCUCGUCCAGUCCAGUGAUGGCACCAAGACCUCCCGUACCACAACCAUGGAGUCGAGUUACGUGAAGAGAUCGGACACUGGCAACAGCACCUUCGUUCAAACCAAAUCAUCCUACAGCUCCUCUUCCAAGAAGACAGGCAGCAUCUUUGACCGUGAAGACGAGAGUGCCUCCAGGCAGAGCAGCUUGGCCGCGCUGGAGCGGCGCCAGGCUGAGAAGAAGAAGGAGCUGAUGAAAGCUCAGAGCCUCCCCAAGACCUCAGCCUCACAGGCUCGCAAGGCCAUGAUGGAGAAGCUGCAGAAGGAAGGUGGAAGCUCUCCCGCCCCCACGGCAGCGCGCAGCGCCGUGCAGCGCUCCGCCAGCUGCGGCGUGCCCAACGCCAACAGCAUCAAGCAGAUGCUGCUGGACUGGUGCAGAGCCAAGACCCGGGGCUACGAGCACGUGGACAUCCAGAACUUCUCGUCCAGCUGGAGUGAUGGCAUGGCCUUCUGCGCCCUGGUCCACAACUUCUUCCCCGACGCCUUCGACUACAGCCAGCUGUCGCCCCAGAACCGCCGCCACAACUUCGAGGUGGCCUUCUCCUCCGCAGAGAAGCACGCAGACUGUCCGCAGUUGCUGGACGUGGAGGACAUGGUCCGGAUGCGCGAGCCGGAUUGGAAGUGUGUGUACACAUACAUUCAGGAGUUCUAUCGCUGCCUGGUCCAGAAGGGGCUGGUAAAAACCAAAAAGUCGUAGCCCAUUUUCACCCCCCCGGGAGCGAUGGUGAGAACCUUCCCUUCCAAAUAUCUGCCCGUGCCCCACCGCCGUCGCUUGGCCGGGGAGCAGCCGCCACGGCUAGGGAAGAGGCUGGGGGAUGCCGGAGGGCGACGCUGGCAGCGGCAGCUGGCGGGGCCGAGCUGCGGCCGGGACAGGGAUGGGGGCAGCCGACUGCCCUCUGGACUGACAGAACAGCACCCGUGGGGGCUUGGGGAGGGGGAGGCAGUGUCGGCCCGGGGGGCUGUUGGCUCUCCCCAGCAGGGAGGGCAGCGGCAGGAGCGGAGCCGCCGUUGCUCUUCCUCCCCCACCUCUCCGCUCGCCGAGCUGGAUCCCGAGGAUUAGCUGCUGGGGCCCCGCUCUGGGUUGCAGCAGCCUCAGCCUGAGCGGUGCUGGUGGGUGCAGGUGAACCCCCUGGCAUGCCCCAGCGCUGCUGCUUGCACUUGCGCCGCCUUCACACCGCCCCCCCGGGGUGUGCGGGAGCCGCUGACCCUGGCUGGGGGAAGGCUGCAGCCCCUGCCGUGGAGCCAGGCGUGGGCAUGGGCCCUGCCCAGGAGGUGCUGCUUGCUCAUAUAUGGGCAAGAGUGGGGAGCCUGGAAAGUGUGACUCAAGGCUUGGGUCCUGCCUCGUCUUGCAGUGUUUGUGCCUGUCUUCAGGGGCAUCCCAGCUGGCGCUGGAGCCGCUGCUCCCCCGGGCUCCAGGCAGCAGCAGCACACCGGGGCCCAAACAAUGGCUUUAUAAGGGCAGAGUUGCUCUCGUGCUGCUAUUGCUUUGCCAUCACACCCCCCCCCCCGAGCAGAGGUAGUGGGGAAGAGCCUUUGGAGCUCAGGCAGGGACCUUCCGAAGGCCCUCAGCAUGGCCCAGCCCCCACCACAGGGCAGCUCAAUCUCGAGGUGCAUCUGGGCUUGGAGCCUAUCGGCUGCAGCACAGCAGAAGCUUCAUAGGAGAGCUGGGCUGCGGCUAGCAGCAGGGUGCCAGCAGCCCUCUGGAGCCGGGGAGGCUCUCCUUGGCCCUGGUGGCUGGCACCAGCUGGUGGUCCCUUCCCACUUGCACUGCCUGCUCUGGGCUGUAUGCUGGGGGGACUGAGGUGUGCAGCAGGGUUACUGCAGCCUGGGGAGCUGGGAGAGGGCUCAGGGGAGUGUUGUGGGGGUGGGUUGCAGCUUGAGCUUCAGAUCUCCUUUGUGCUCAGAGCUGUCCAGUGCACCUUGUCACUGGGGCAGAACCCCUGCCUGAGGGUGAUCCCAGUGCCAGAGCAACUGGGCCAGCCACGCAGUCAGUGGGGACUGCCCGUUUACACCAAGCAGCCCUCCUGUGCCCGGGCACUCAUGGUUAUACUGGGCAUUACCAACAGCAGCAGCCUGGGGUACUGUCUGUCCCCUGGUGAGUGCUGGCAUUUGCCACACUGCCUGGCAAGGAUGCAGGGACCUGGGCAGGGCUGGAGGAUAACUUCUGCAUCCUCUCACAGCCCCUGGCAAAAAGGAGAGAGGAUGAAGGUGACCUCUUCUCCUCCUCCAUGUCCUGCUUGCUGUUGCAGUGCCUACACUCCAGCCUCUUCAAGCUGGGCUCUCCCAUGGCUGCCCAAGUGCCCUCAGCUGGGGAAGCUCCCAGCACCCAGGGAGCUUUCUGAGUGGUGCAGGCAGAGUCGUGUGGCAGAGGCUGUGAAGAUGGUGGGGUGGGAGUGAUGUAGCCAUGGUUGCUCUGUCAGUGUCCCCCAACCUGCUGGAACACAACCCUGCACAGACCCCAGCUCUGCACCAAGGCCCAGACUGGGAAGUCAUGGGCACAGGCUGAGCUAGUUGAAGAUAGGCAGUGCCCACCCCACCAGUGGUGUUGUGCCUGAGGCAGGCAGCUCCCCUGGGCUCCAAGCCAGGCCAGGAGUAGGAGUUAGGCUGGCAGAGCUUACAGGAGGCAGGAGAACGGGGCUGGAGCCUGCAGCAGAAGUGAGGGGCAGUGUGUGAUGAGGACCCCCACCACACACCCUUCCCUGGACCAGCUGGUGCCGGGGGGCACAGCACAGACACAGGUGGGUAGGCAGGUUUGUCUUUCCCUACAGUGCGCCGGCAUCAGCUGGAGGAAGGGGGCGGGCACAGCCUGAGCAGGGGGCGGCUGCCAGCACCAAAAGCUGGGGCAGAGAGCACCACCGUGGCAGGGGCUGCAGGCAGGCAGCCCCAUCACAGGCAUCUUGUGCUCUUCCCAGCGCCAGGAGUGGCAGGACUGUGGGAUACCGUGGGGCAGGCAGAAGCUGAGCGGUGCUGCGGGCACUGGUGCCCAACCAGCAGGCCCUGGGCACGUAUGGGUCCCCCUGUCUCAGCCCCUGUGGUGGGGCAGCUCACCCAGGGCCGUGCUGAGGGCUGCAUCUCUGCAGGACGCUGGUGGACUGCGUGCCCCUGGUGGAGGUGGAAGACAUGAUGAUCAUGGGCAAGAAGCCAGAUGCCAAGUGUGUCUUCACCUACGUGCAGUCCCUCUACAACCACCUGCGUCGCCACGAGUUGCGCAUGAGGCAGAAGGAGUGCUAGAGCCUGCUGUGCCCACCGCUGCC